GGCCGAGCGUCGGCCGCGGGUGGAGAGCCGGGACGUGAGCGGUGAACUGACAACAUGAAGGCUCUCUGCGUCGCCGUGCUACUCUGCGGCUCGCUGCUGGCGGCGGUGUCCUGUCUGGAUGGUAACGGUCACCCUGACCUGGCCGAGAGACCGACAUGCGGCGCGCAGAGCGGACCUCAUCCCAAAACACGGGUCAUCACCACAGAACGGCUGGCCGGCCUCAGGUCACUGCUGGCUGACCCGUUGGGUAACGCGUACCAGCCUCUGGACGCCUACAUUGUCCCCAUGGACGACGAACACCAGACGGAGUACAUCGCGCCGCAGGACCGGUUCAUCAAGUUCAUAUCGGGCUUCAGCGGCUCGGCGGCGCUGGUGGCGGUGACGGCCGUGCGCGCCGCCCUCUGGACCGACGGACGCUACUUUCUGCAGGCUGAGGACCAGCUGGACUGUAACUGGUACCUCAUGAAGGAGGACACUGGCGCCCCGGAGCUGGCCGAGUGGCUGACCGGACAGCUAAAACCCGGCGCCAGGGUCGGCUCUGAUCCCAAACGGAUGGCCGCCCUCCGCUGGAUCAAACUCAGCGAAAAACUCAAAGCCGAGUCCAUAGAUCUGGUGUCCGUUGAGAUCAAUCUGAUUGAGCACCUGUGGACCGAGGGCCGGCCGGUGGCCAGGGAUGAGCCCAUCACCGUCUACCCGCUCGAGUUCGCCGGCCGACGCUGGCAGGACAAGGUGGCGGACGUCAGGGCGGCCAUGAAGGCGGCCUCCAGCACCAACCAGCAGGUGACGUCGCUGCUGGUCACCCAGCUGGACGAGGUCGCCUGGCUCUUCAACCUGCGCGGGGACGACCUGCCCAACGUGCCAGAGUUCAAGAGUUACGCUGUGGUGGAGAUGGACGCCGUCCACCUGUUUGUGGACAGCGGUAAACUGACACCGGCCGUACGAGCCCACCUGGCUGUGGAGGGCUGCCAGCGCGGCGCCGACUGCGUCAUGCCACGGCGCUACGAGGAGAUGACCAGUUUCGUGGCCGAGCUGAGCAGGCGGCCCGGAAUGGUAUGGAUUCCCUCCAGCUGGAGCUACGCCGGCGGAGCCAGCUACGCCCUGUACGAACAGGUGGACCCGCCGAAGCGACUGUUCCAGCCGUCCCCGAUCAUCCGACUGAAGGGCAUGAAGAACAGUGUGGAGAUCGCCUCGAUGAAACAGGCCCAUCUGCGCGACAGCACCGCCCUCUGCAGCUUCCUGGCGAUGCUGGAGAAGUCGGUGGAGGCAGGCGAGCCCUGGACGGAGCUUUCCGUGGAAAAACGUCUCGACGAGUACAGGGGUAGACAGGACAAGUACCGCGGCAGGAGCUUCAACCCGAUCGUCGGCUUCGGGCCGAACGGGGCCGUCAUCCACUACAAGGCGUCGGAGGCGACCAGCGCUCGGAUUAACACAUCCAGUCUGCUGCUGAUCGACUCCGGGGGCCAGUACCUGGACGGCUCCACCGACGUGACCCGCACCAUGCACUACGGAGAGCCGACCGACUUUAUGCGCGAGACGUACACACGAGUCCUGAUGGGCGUCAUUGACCUCGGAAAGGUGGUCUUCAAGAAAGGCGCCACCGAUAGCAGGCUCGAUAUUCUGGCUCGUCGGCAUCUGUAUGAAGUUGGUCUGGACUAUCUUCACGGCACAGGCCACGGGAUCGGCGUGUUUCUGCAAAUUCACGAAGCUCCCACACAGCUGCGCAUUUACCAAAAGGAAGAACAUCUGAUGGAGGAGGGCAUGUUCUUCUCAAAUGAGCCCGGCUACUACGAGUCAGGUCAGUUCGGCAUCCGCCUGGAGACGAUUAUGUUUGCGAAGCCGGCGAGUGACCUACCGUACAACUUCAGCGGGCCGUACCUGACCUUCGAGCCGGUCACGCUGGUACCGUUCGAGCCGAAACUUAUCAAGACUGAGCUCCUCACUCACGAUCAGCUGGCAUGGCUGAACGCGUACCACGCCCGCGUGCGCCGGGACGUGGGCGCCAUGGUCACCUCCCAGGGGGGACCCGAGGCGCAGCAGACACUUCAGUGGCUGGAGCAGAAAACCCAGCCCAUCGUCAACGCUAUGACGAAGGACUGCCCCGCCCCGGGCGCGGCCGGCAGCCCUCUCCAGGGAGCCGUGGUCGUCACUCCAGCAGUCCUGGCUCUGUUGACCGCUGUGACGGCCGCUGCCGCAUGGAGACUCGCCUGAACACGUCCUGAGGCAGCCUGAACGCGUCCUGAGACGUCCUGAGCCGGACUUUACCGUGGUCAGCGUCAGAAUGGGUCCGGGAAGGGCCAAAACGGGUCCACAGACGCGGCCUCGUAAUUCGAGGGUUGAUUGGAAUGUUUAGUUGGUGGGUCGUGUGUGCUUUGUGGCGCUCGAACCUGAUUUCUGGUUUCUUUAGGGAUCAGGAUGCAAAGAGCCAGUUGUCCGUCCUGACCCAUACUGGUGUCGAUGAUUCAGUUGGAGGCUAAGGUUUGACCCCACACGCUCUCCCACGCCGAUUGUAUAUGUAGCCAGUGCCAUGCGUUUUAUAUUACAAGUAACAUGAGCGGUUUGAUCGCUCAGUACCUCUGUGUUGUGUCGCAAGAAGGCUGUUCAGCUGUUUUAAAUCGCCAAUCUCAUGCUGCUGUUGGAAGAAGAAAAGGACCAGUUGCUUGAUAAAGCCUAUCUGGUUGUGCAGAUGUGGUUCUCGUUUUUAUAUGCCUAUGCCUAAACAAUACAUUUUGCUGUUACA